GGCCCGGGCGGGCGGAAGCGGCGGCGGGGGAGAUGCUGGCGGCGGCCGCGGGGCGACGCGUGGCCUGCGCCGUGUCCGGCGGCGUGGACAGCGCCGUGGCCGCGCUGCUGCUGCGCCGCCGAGGCUACCAGGUGACAGGCGUGUUUAUGAAGAACUGGGACCCCCUGGAUGAACAGGGAGCUUGCUCCGUUGACAGAGAUUGCGAGGAUGCUUACCGGGUUUGCCAGAAGCUCGAUAUUCCAUUUCACCAGGUUUCCUACGUGAAGGAAUACUGGAAUGAAGUAUUCAGCGACCUCUUAAAAGAGUAUGAAUUGGGAAGGACACCUAAUCCUGAUAUUGUGUGUAACAAGCACAUCAAAUUCAACUACUUUCUGCAUUAUGCUAUGGAUAACCUUGGAGCAGAUGCAAUUGCUACUGGGCAUUAUGCUAGGACCUCCUUAGAGGAUGAGGAAGUAUUUCAACAGAAACAUGUUAAAAGACCACAGAGGCUUUUCAGAAACCGUUUUGAAGUUAGAAAUACUGUGAAACUCCUUCAAGGGGCUGACCUCUUUAAGGACCAGACCUUCUUUCUAAGUCAGAUCUCACAGGAUGCUUUGAGGAAAACCAUUUUUCCUUUAGGGGAUUUAACAAAAAGUUUUGUAAAGAAGAUAGCAGCAGAACAUGACCUUCAUCAUGUGCUAAAGAAAAAAGAGAGUAUGGGAGUCUGUUUCAUUGGUGAAAGAAACUUUGAAAAUUUCCUUCUUGAGUAUUUGGAACCUCAACCAGGUAACUUUGUUUCCAUUGAAGAUAAGAAGGUGAUGGGAACACACAAAGGUUGGUUCCUCUACACAAUAGGCCAGAGGGCUCGGCUGGCAGGCCUCCAGGAAGCUUGGUUUGUUGUAGACAAAGAUGUCAGCACUAGAGAUGUCUACGUGGCACCAUCAAGAGACCACCCUGCUCUGUACAGAGACCUCCUGCGGACCAACCGAGUGCACUGGAUAGCAGAGGAACCUCCAGCAGAACUUGUUAGAGAGAAGAUGAUGGAAUGUCAUUUCAGGUUUCGGCACCAGAUGGCACUGGUGCCUUGUGUCCUGACUCUAAACCAAGAUGGGAGUGUGUGGGUAACGCUAGUGAAGCCAGCAAGAGCUAUCACGCCUGGACAGUUUGCCGUGUUCUACAAGGGUGACGAGUGCCUGGGCAGCGGGAAGAUCCUGAGGUUGGGCCCAUCUGUGUAUACCAUGCAACAGGGCAAAAACCGAGGGGAAAAUCCAAAGAAGGAAGAGAUUGACAAAAUAGAACCAGCAACGUGACACGUGGCAUUGUUUAUUGAAGGUCUUGGAAGAAUUUGCUGCCUGAGAAUAAUAAAAACUGUAAUAACUGUGGCUCCUGUUGA